AAAGGAUUCAUUCAGUCAUCCUACCUACAGAGACAUCAGCGAGUUCACACUGGGGAAAAGCCGUUCACCUGCUCAGUCUGUGGGAAGGGAUUCACUCAGUCAGCCAACCUACAGCAUCACCUGCGCGUUCACACUAAGGAGAAGCCAUUCACCUGCUCAGUCUAUGGGAAGGGAUUCAUUCAGUUAGUUAACCUACAGAAUCACCAGCGAGUUCACACUGGGGAGAAGCCAUUCACCUGCUCAGAAUGUGGGAAGAGAUUCAUUCAGUCAUCUAACCUACAGAGACAUCAGCGAGUUCACACUGGGGAGAAGCCAUUCACCUGCUCAGAAUGUGGGAAGAGAUUCAUUGAGUCAUCCACCCUACUGGUACAUCAGCGAGCUCACACUGGGGAGAGGCCGUUCACCUGCUCAGUCUGUGGGAAGAGAUUCACAGAAUCAUCCACCCUACUGGAACAUCAGCGAGUUCACACCGGGGAGAAGCCGUUCACCUGCUCAGAAUGUGGGAUGGGAUUCACUCAGUUAGCUAACCUACAGAGACAUCAGCGAGUUCACACUGGGGAGAAGCCGUUCACCUGCUCAGAAUGUGGGAUGGGAUUCACUCAGUUAGCUAACCUACAGAGACAUCAGCGAGUUCACACUGGGGAGAAGCCGUUCACCUGCUCAGAACGUGGGAUGGGAUUCACUCAGUUAGCUAACCUACAGAGACAUCAACGAGUUCACACUGGGGAGAAGCCGUUCACCUGCUCAGAAUGUGGGAUGGGAUUCACUCAGUUAGCUAACCUACAGAGACAUCAGCAUGUGCAUACUAGGGAGAAGCCGUUCUCCUGCACAGAAUGUGGAAAGGGAUUGACUCAGUUAUCCAGCCUACAGAAACAUCAGCGAGUUCACACUGGGGAGAGGCCAUUCACCUGCUCAGAACGUCGAAGGAGAUUCGCUGACUCUUCUACCCUGCAGAGUCAUCAGCGAGUUCACACCGGGGAGAGGCCAUUCACUUGCUCAGAAUGUGGAAGGAGAUUCGCUGACACUUCUAUCCUGCAGAGUCAUCAGCGAGUUCACACU